UCAGGAGGGGGAUCCUUCGCUUCUUGCCGACCUUUCACCCCAAGAUGGCGGCGCCCGUGGGUCCGUUGAAGUUUUGGAAACCUGGCACAGAAGGACCAGGGGUCAGCCUGUCCGAGGAGAGACAGAGUCCUAGUGAGAGCUCUGGGGUUUCAGUCAUCUAUAAUCCCUAUGCUUCCUUUUCUAUUGAACAGCAGAGGCAAAAGUUACCAGUUUUUAAGCUUAGAAAUCACAUCCUUUACCUGGUAGAGAACUAUCAGACCCUAGUCAUUGUCGGAGAAACAGGAUGUGGGAAAAGCACACAGAUUCCUCAAUAUUUAACAGAAGCUGGGUGGUCUGCUGAAGGGAGAGUUGUGGGAGUAACACAGCCUCGGCGUGUUGCCUGUGUUUCAAUUGCAAGCCGGGUAGCUGAGGAGAGGGGUGCCCUGCUUGGGCAUGAAGUUGGUUACUGCAUACGAUUUGAUGAUUGCACUGACCCACAGGCUACAAGAAUUAAGUUCCUGACUGAUGGUAUGCUGGUGAGGGAAAUGAUGGCUGAUCCACUACUAACAAGAUACAGUGUUAUCAUGUUGGAUGAAGCCCAUGAAAGAACCUUGUAUACAGACAUUGCCAUUGGCUUAUUAAAAAAGGUUCAGAAGAAACGAGGGGAUCUUCGUCUAAUUGUAGCAUCAGCUACACUGGACGCAGAGAAAUUUAGAGAUUUCUUUAACCAAAAUGAGACCAGUGACCCCAGCAAAGAUACCAGCAUGAUCCUUACUGUGGAAGGGCGAACAUUUCCAGUGGAUGUCUUCUACAUUCAGAGGCGCGGACUUCAGUGGAGGAGGGCUUCGGGAACCUUCCCCCGUCCCCUUCUGCACCGGCCAGCUGGAGCAGACUUCAGACGAGUGCUACGGGGACUCGGUGGAAUCUUCAUGCUUUUCCUCCCCUGGAAUCUUAGUCCUUCCCUUCCCCCUCCACAGAAGGGAUAUGGGCAAACCUGGCAGCACCUUCGUGCCCUCUCUCCUCCACAGAAGGAGAUGGACAGUCCUGUUCCUGAUUACGUGAAAUCAACUGUGGAAACAGUCAUGAAAAUUCAUCAGACAGAAGGUGAUGGAGAUAUACUGGCAUUUUUAACUGGCCAGGAGGAAGUGGAAACGGUUGUUUCCAUGCUGAUAGAACAGGCUCGGAUCCUUGCUCGCACAGGGAUGAAGAAACACCUCCGUGUACUCCCUAUGUAUGCUGGGCUGCCAGCUUCUGAGCAGAUGAAGGUGUUUGAGAGAGUGUCUCACAAUGUCAGAAAGGUAAUUGUAGCCACCAAUAUUGCAGAAACAUCCAUCACAAUCAAUGGGAUUUCAUUUGUGAUUGACUGUGGCUUUGUGAAGCUCCGUGCCUAUAAUCCAAAAACAGCCAUUGAAUGCCUUGUGGUUGUUCCUGUCUCAAAGGCAUCCGCCAAUCAAAGGGCAGGACGUGCGGGCAGAAACCACUCCGGAAAAUGCUACCGACUUUACACAGAGGAAGACUUUGAGAAGUUGCCACACUCCACAAUUCCAGAGAUGCAGCGCAGUAACCUAGCCCCCGUCAUCUUGCAGCUUAAGGCUUUAGGAAUCGACAAUGUGCUUAGAUUUCCUUUCCUCUCACCUCCACCCGCUCAGUCAAUGGUGCAAGCGUUGGAACUACUCUACGCAUUAGGAGGACUUGAUAAAUAUUGUCGUCUCACAGAACCUCUUGGAAUUAGGAUAGCAGAAUUUCCUUUGAAUCCAAUGUUUGCAAAGAUGUUACUGGAAUCAGGGAAUUUUGGUUGCUCCCAGGAGAUUCUGAGUAUCGCAGCCAUGAUGCAGAUCCAGAAUAUCUUUUCAGUUCCUCCAAAUCAAAAGUCACAAGCUAUCAGAGAACAUAGAAAGUUUGCAGUGGAGGAGGGUGACCAUCUCACUAUGCUAAAUGUCUAUGAAGCCUUUAUAAAACAUAACAAGAGUUCUCAGUGGUGUCAGGAUCAUUUCCUGAAUUACAAAGGUCUUAUCAGAGCCACAACUGUGAGAGAACAGCUGAAAAAACUUCUUGUCAAGUUCAAAGUGCCCAAAAAGUCCAGUGAAGGUGAUCCUGAUCCUGUUCUGAGAUGCAUAGUUGCUGGAUUCUUUGCUAAUGCAGCCAGAUUUCACUCUACUGGAGCAUACAGGACUAUUCGUGAUGACCAUGAACUGUAUAUCCAUCCCUCCUCAGUACUGUAUGCAGAGAAACCACCUCGUUGGGUGGUCUACAACGAAGUUAUCCAGACCUCUAAGUAUUAUAUGCGAGAUGUGACAGCGAUUGAGUCUGCUUGGCUAUUGGAACUGGCCCCUCACUUUUACCAGCAAGGAACGGUACGGGCUCGGCAUGGACUCCAAACGCAUCUUUCCCUGAAAGCCAAAAGAAGUAAAGUUGAUGACCACUGACUCUGCGUGGCUGUUGAGCUUCCGGCUGUGUGAUGCUGAACCUGUCGCUGUAUUGACACUGUGCUGCAGACCCAUUUAACGAUUAGUUGAUUAGCAACCGGACCCCACAUCAACUGUACGUGUUGAACUGCCUGCCUGCCAGGAUCCUGUAGGAAUUUAUGCAUGACCAAAUACAUUGUAACAUUUAACGUAGAGCUUGCAUUGUGGACAUUUUAUCUCUCCAUCUUAAUUGUGGCCAUUCCUGUUUACCAAGGACACCUCUGCUCCUUUUUAAACUUGGUAGGGAAAAAAAAUAGCAGUACAGGAGACAUACAAAAUCACGGGAAUGCUUGGGGAACCACGCUAAGUCCUUGGGGUGGGGAAGUGGAGCUCAGGAUCCUUUUCGACCACUGUGAAAGCUGCUGGCUAUCCUUCACCUGCCUGCAAAUUGUAGACAGGUUUGGGGCCACAUGCAAAGCCUUGAAAUACCUUUAAUGGGUUGCAAUGAAAACCCUGAAACUGUGAUUGUGCCUAACUGCUGUGAUUUUAUUUUUUACUGUUGUUGCCCUGAAGCAAUAGAAUUCUAGUCUUCUCCUGUAUUGCUCCUCUGCGCCUUUUCUUUGGCUUAGCUUUUUUGACAGCGUCUGUCACUUCAGGACACGCCCAUAGUAUUUAUUUGCACUAAGCCUCCCCAUGUAAUUCAAGCUAUUUUGAAGACGGGGUUGAUGGAGCAGGUCGAUGGAGCCUUGCAUUCACAACCAAGAUUCACAUGAGUCCUCGGUUCCUUGCCUUUUGUUUCAGAAAUAGAACGAAGGGACUUGAGACCAGAAAUAUCCACACGUAUCUGGCUAUAAAACAAUUUGAAGCUGGGCGUCUUCAAAAGGUUCUGUGUUAGGUCUGGGGUUGCCUUGCCAAGUGUUCCUUUUGCCUCGAUUCAUGAUCCGUAUCAGUCAUUUAACAGUCAAACGAUAGUGACUGCACAGCAAUAAAGAGAGGAUACUUCCUCUAGGAGGACAGCUCAUGAGUGAAUUCUCUUUUCUUCAGAUUUGGAUGCAGGAUGUUCGAGGGAUGCCCUUGGUUUAGAAAUGGGGCUGUGAAUAGGUCCUGUUCUGAGGCCAUUUGCGCCUUCUGUGAUCUUCUCUUGUUUGACCAGACGAGGGGGUAUUCCUUAUUCUGCUGAUGCCACUUCGGUAAAGGAAGAAAUGGUGAAAAGUGAUGGUGUUCCUAUGCUUGGAAGCCUUGUUCCUUGAGUGGGGCUCUUGCUCUCCCAUUUAUAUAGUGAGAUGGCCACAUAGAAUAAGUGGAAGGAGAUUCAGUUCUCUGCAAAUAAAUUAGCCCCCAUUUUUGGGAGGGAGGGAAUGAGAUUUUAGCUAGUGAAAUCCCCCUGUCUCUGCUACUUGCAGCCCGGUUUCACUAAGGCCACAGUAGGCUUCAAUGAACCUGCAAAGUACUUGCACAAAAUUCACUUACCCUCUGAACAGGUUUAACAAUAUUCUGCUCUUUGCUGGCUGCAUCCUUCAAAAGGUGAAGAGUGGUCAGCCUCUAGCCAAAUAGUGCAUUGGCUGUCUUUCUGCAAAAGCUCUUCUUCUUCUCCCUGUACCACUGACAUAAUUUUGAAUAACUAUAUCUUUAUUUUCAGAUGUUGUUUCUUUUAGAAUGAUGUUGUUUGAAUGUGUUUUUAAGAUCACUGCUUUUGUUGAAUCCCUGGUCCCUUUUCCAUUUUUUAAAAUGUAUGUAAAUGAUGGCAAUUUUUACACAGACCCUGUGUCUUCCUUGCCCCAGGUGUGCAUUAGGAGUCUCUCUUUCAGAUCUUCCUUCCCAUCCUGCUUCUUACAGAUCUGCAAAGAAGCUUGUCCUGUUAAUGUAUGGUCCAUGCAAUAACUUUGUAUUGUAUAUAUCAGCCGCUUAAAAAAAUAUUCAUUCCCACCUCUGGACUUCUGAUGUGACUAGUUCUCUGUGUAUCUCUCUCUCUCUGUCAGUUUGUGAGCUCUUUUGAGAUGGGGUUGUCUGUAUUUAUGUGAACUGUGUAGUGUCCAGAAUAUUGUUGAUGCUCCAUAAUGGGCAUUUGACUUACAACUACAGCUGUUUACCUUUGGAGCUUAUGGAGACUUGGAUACAAAGAUGUGUAAACAUUCAUGUCACUUUGUCCUAUAGUAACACACUUUAGAGAAAAAAAUAAAGCUGUGGAAUCAAGAAA